AUGUCUACGCCAUCAUCUCCUUCCCUCAAGGUGGCUCCCAACACAGCUCUCCCUUCCUCCUUUGGCCAUGUGUCCCAGCUCAUGCCAUCCAAGAGCGGCGAUCAUGCCAGUUCCAGUCACUUAGCCGAGUCAUCUAAGCAAGGGACGUCCUCCAUUCCCAAGCCUGCCGCUCGCCAUUUGCGUCCUCGGCAAUCUACAUCAUUAGAGACAAGCAGACAGAGCAGUGACAGUACCAGGCUCACUCGCAGCGUCAAGAAAGCUUACUCUGGGACAAACCGUCCAAUUAUCACGGUGUCGGCAGCCCCGCCUACUGUGGAGGAAGAGGUACAUGCGUACAGCGCACCACGAAAUCCACCAUCUCCUCCAAUGCAACGGUUUGCUCCCAUGCAGAGUUACUCUAGACAGAAUGACCGUGACACAGCAGGUUCUCCGGAGUCAGUGCCGUCAUCUCCCACGAGUCCCCGGUCAGUACAGUUCUCACCGCGUCUGCCGGCUGGCGAUAGCAUUGGCAAGAGAUCACAAAGAUCGUCGGGAUACGGUGACCUCAUGCGAGCGCAUACAGAGCUCAGUACAGAUGACACGCUGCCCUCGCGUAUGAGUGUGAGCAGCUCUUCGAGUGCGCGCGAUGCUUUCCUGUUCUCUGGGCGUAUUUCUGGAGAAAGAAUUCGGAAGCAGACAAGUACCGUCUCGAGUAUUGCAAAACUGAAGCAGGAGAAGACUGCUCCACAUUCCUCUCCUCGAGGUGUACUAGAGCCAUCCUCCGGUUCCGUGUCGCCGGAGCAGCAAGCUCCUCGCUCGCCUGUGCUUUCCAGUCGAAUUCCCGGAUCGUCGUCACCGAUAAAACCCCGAGGCGCACCUGUCCCGCUGCUAACGACGUUCCGGCGAUCUCAGCGCAUCAGUCCACCAACAGACCCGCCGCCGAGUGUGCAGCAGAGUACACCGGUAUCAGACCCGGAGGAGAACGGUCAGGCAAUAUCUGCAAUACCCACGAUUCCGUCGAUAGCCUCGCGUAUGUCCGUGGGUCAGGUACACCAGCUUGUAUUCCGUCAACGCGCCAAUACUGUGUCAUCCGUGGGGUCAGCGAGCACUCUUGGUCAUAGCGCAGGUCGAUCCGUUACGGAUACACCAUCCACUCCUGCUAGCGAACGUUUCGCAUUCGAGACAGAUACGGAGGGGCCUCGCACGCCUACGGUAGAAACGGAUCCCUCGAACAACGCGGCGACUGUUGCGCACUUGCGCGAGGAGGUGAAUGUGCAGAACGCAAAGUACCAGCGGCUCUCGGCAUACCUUCUCACGCUCUCGGAGCGGCAUGCAGUCGAGAAGCAUGAGCUCAUGCGACGCAUUGAGGUGCUUGAACGCGAGGCGCAAAAACGCGAGCGCGAGAUGACCGGCUUGCGAUGGCUGGUGAUGAACGCUGGCCGCCGGCGCGAGAAUGGCUCAAGGUCCGAAUCACCUUCGUUCUCUGCAUCGGAGUCGAACUCGCCUCCAGCUGGCACUGCUGCUGCUCCAGGCAAUAGCCCUCUUAACGGGGAAGAAAAUGACCAGCGGGGAAUGUCGAUUGAUUCGACACUGGAUAGCAUGGAGGAGGGCCUCUUCGAGCUGCAGAAGAGUGUCUCUGACCUAAUCGCUCCCUUCGCGCAGAGUCCGCCCGGCUCAGAUGCCAUCGCAAGCCCGGCGCCCAGUGUGCGCUCGUCGCGAAGUGCUGGGCAGAUGCACAGCCGGCUAAGGCGGUCAAACACCCUGCCGAACUGGAUUCCGAAAAGCUCGCCUCCAGGGUCGACAGAGAAGCAGGCGAGGCUGGCGAAUUCGCCCACACUUCCAGCGACGUAUCUCAGCGGUCCCGGGUUGGGGCUGGACAUGGACAUCCCAUCGAUUCCAUCGCUUUCGGAGACAGACGCAGGGAGCAUGACGCCCGCGACAUUGUCCUCAGGGUCGGGCGGGUCGUUUUUGCCAACGCUCACGGCCGCGAAUACCGCGUCGUCGGGGUUGUCAGCUAUCCCGGAGACUCCGCGGAGCGCCACGUUCCCUGAAGGCCGUGGCGCCGAACAGGACGGUGCAUCGGAUACGGAGAGAGGCAAAUCAGGAGGCGGUAAGAUGUCACGCGCUGCAAAGCGUCUCUCGACUGCGUCGACGUCCUCGAGAAAGUCGGCAACCGCUGGCUACGAGGGCAACCUGCGACUUGGGGCGUCGCCAUCCAUCGGGCAAAUAUUGGAUCGUGCGACAGAGAAAGAGUCGAACAUGGACAGUGUCCUCCGCAAAUUGCGAUCAUAUCGACCGGGCUAG